UUUGCCUUGCUUUUUGAAUUGAGCUCUAACAGCAGGCUGACAUCUUCUCUGUGCUGCUAUGAAGUAAGUUAGCUGUCAACAAACUAAAGCAGCCGCAGUUCGACAACUUGGACUAUCUUCACGCAUGAAGUGCAACAUGCAUUGAUAUCAGACUUGGGACGAAACGGAGAGAUGUUACUGACUUUUUAAGGAGUGUUUUGGACCGAAGGGGAACUCCUGUUGUGAUUGUAUUGUUGACUUACUAGCUCGAUAGCUAGCUAAGUUAGCUGGAGAGCGUAUUUAAUACAGGUUAACUGGUUCAGCUGCCAGUUUAACUCCACAAGCUCCAGCUUUUUGUUGUUCUUUUAUCCAAGGUACCAGCCACCAAAGAGGUCGUUUGGACAGUUUGGUGCCUCCUUAGCUUCUUGCCAUGGCUGACAGCAGCAUAGUGACUUUAGGGACAGCUCGGAGUCUGCUGGUGGAUUCUUCAGUCUAUGAUUCGAGGAUCGCCGAAACCACCAAGGACCAUGUAUUUCUGGGUAUGGCAUGCGAAGAUGGGGAAGAUAUGCUGCCAAAAGUGGAGACCAGGGUUGUUCUGGUGGGAGAAGCUGGCAGAAAUGGAGCACUGGUCAAAGCACUGCAGGCCAUCAGAGUAAUGGAGGUACCGGUGGUAAAGAUAAGAGGAGGCGAGGCGGGUGCCGAGGAGAAAAUGAUGAUAAAAUCUAUAGUCAAUAUGGACAUCAACACCCCAUGCAUAAUGACAAACAACAUCCAGGAGAUUGGCGACGGAGAGAACACUGAUUUCGAGACAGUGUUCGUCCUCACAGAUUUUGAUUCUCCCGACUACAGCUACCUCUACAAACGUGACAACCGCAUUGUUGGGCCUCCUGUUGUGCUGCACUGUGCUGCAAGGGAAGAACCUCUACCGUUUUCAUGUCGCCCUCUGUACUCUACCACCAUGCUUAACCUGUCGCUGUGUUUCACUGGCUUCAGAAACAAAGAGGAAAUGAAGAACUUGGUGAAUCUGGUUCAUCACAUGGGUGGGACCAUCCGGAAAGACUUCAGCACCAAGGUUACUCAUCUCAUUGCCUACUCCACUCAUGGAGAGAAAUACAGGCUGGCAGUGUGUAUGGGGACACCCAUCCUCACUCCAUCAUGGAUUCAUAAGGCCUGGGAGAGAAGAGAUGAUGUGUCAUUCCAUGCGGGAGAAGAGGCAUUUCGAACAGAAUUCAAAGUGCCUCCAUUCCAGGACUGCAUCCUCAGUUUUUUGGGUUUCUCAGAUGAAGAGAAGGCUAACAUGGAGGAGAGGACUCUCAAACACGGUGGCAGCCAUCUUGAGGUUGGAGAUGAGAGAUGUACACACAUGGUUGUGGAGGAAAACUCAGUGAAAGAGCUUCCAUUUUCUCCCUCCAAGAAACUCUUUGUGGUCAAACAGGAGUGGUUCUGGGGAAGCAUUCAGAUGGACGCUCGAGCCGGAGAGUCCAUGUACCUCUAUGAGAAGAACGACAGCCCAGCCAUGAAGAAGGCAGUGUCUCUCCUCUCCCUCACCACCCCUAACAGUAACCGUAAACGAAGGCGUCUGAGGGACACGCUGGCUCAGCUCACCAAGGAGACUGAGAUCUCCCCCUUCCCUCCACCACGCAAAAGGCCAUCAGCAGAGCACUCCCUGUCCAUGGGCUCUCUGCUAGACAUCUCAAACACUCCUGAGACAUGCAAGGCCUUGGCAGACAGAGUAGGGAACAGUUCAGGAAGAAAAGGAGACGAUACUAUGACCAGGAAUACGAUAAGGAAAACCAGGCAAAGGAGGAUUAGGUCAGACAGGAAUGAGAGGAGGAAAAGGUCCUACCUGAGUACAAGUUCCCUUCAACAACCAGAGGAGCAGCAGCCAGGAACUUCUGCAGAGAAUUCGAAGCCAUCCAAGAGUUCGACUCCGGUUCUGUCCAAGCAGUCAGCCAGGUGGCAGGUCUCCAAGGAGCUCUAUCAGACUGAGAGCAACUAUGUAGACAUUUUAAGCACCAUACUACAGCUUUUCAAGCUUCCACUGGAAAAAGAGGGGCAGGUGGGUGGACCCAUCCUGGCCCAAGAAGAAAUUAAGACAAUAUUUGGUAGCAUCCCAGACAUUUAUGAGGUUCACACCAGAAUAAAGAGUGACCUUGAGGAGCUCCUGACAGACUGGUCAGAGGACAAGAGCGUAGGAGACAUCAUCCUCAAAUAUUCUAAAGAGCUGGUGAAGGCCUACCCGCCGUUUGUCAACUUUUUUGAAAUGAGCAAGGAGACCAUUGUUAGAUGUGAGAAACAAAAGCCACGCUUCCACGCUUUUCUCAAGAUCAACCAGGCCAAGCCAGAGUGUGGCAGACAGACACUAGUGGAGCUGCUCAUCAGACCUGUACAGAGACUGCCGAGUGUGGCCCUUCUUCUUAAUGACAUAAAGAAGCAUACGUCAGAUGACAACCCAGACAAGAUAACCCUGGAGAAAGCAAUUGAGUCUCUGAAAGAAGUUAUGACUCACAUCAACGAGGACAAGAGGAAGACCGAGGGCCAGAAGCAGAUCUUUGACGUGGUUUAUGAAGUUGACGGCUGUCCUGCCAACCUGCUGUCCUCCCAUCGCAGUCUGGUUUACCGAGUAGAAACAAUCGCUCUGGGAGACCAGCCAUGUGACCGUGGUGAACAUGUCACACUCUUCCUCUUCAAUGACUGCCUUGAGAUUGCCAGAAAGCGACACAAAGUGAUCAAUACGUUUAAGAGUCCGCUGGGACAGACGAGACCACCGCCCCCGCUCAAACACAUUGCACUGAUGCCGCUGUCCCAGAUACGAAGAGUGCUGGACCUGCAGGACACAGAGGAAUGUGUGAAUGCAUUCGCCUUGGUCGUUCGCCCUCCGACUGAACAGGAGAACUUGUUGUUCAGCUUCCAACUGGCCGGAGAGGAAACGGUUAAAAGCGCCUGGCUGCGAACACUUUGCCGCCACGUCGCCAACACCAUCUGCAAGGCUGACGCGGAGGACCUGAUUCAGUGUACAGACCCAGACUCACUACAGGUCAGCACCAAGGAUAUGGACAGCACCCUGAGCAAAGCCUCCAGGGCCAUUAAGAAGACCUCUAAAAAGGUGACAAGGGCAUUUUCUUUCACUAAGACCCCGAAGCGUGUGAUCCAGAGGGCCUUCUUGGCCAACAGUACUCCAGAUGAGAAAAGCGAGAGGCUGAGUUGUGAAAAUCGCAUCGGCAGCAGCUCCACACUGGCUGCACACCAUUCCCCCUCCAUGGUCAACCUGCCUUCCAUGUUUGAGAGAAAGUACCACACAUUCAGUCGAUCGACAACCCACCUUUUCUGAGAUCCAGCUGCUUGGGACAACCAGCAGGGGCCAAUUCAUCUUUUUUAUUGCCACCUUUGCCAUGACUGCUGCUAACAGCAAGAUCUGACCAGACAGGUCUGUGUGUAUAAAAUUAAAGCUACCUGUAAAGUAUGGCAAACAAGUAUUUGUCCAUACUGGAGCUCUGCACUGAUUAUCCACAUCCAGAAGACGUGGCAUUGAACUAUAUUGGAAUACUGCACUGAAGCUAGAGACAUAUAUCAGUCUGAUAUGUGGCAGUAUCAGAAUUGUCCAGUCUCCAAGUGCUUCAUAGCUGAUACUUGGCCAAGUAGGAUUAAAACCAGUUGUUCAUCAACUUCUAUCAUGUGACACAUUCAGCUCAAAUGAGUCUGUGUUGCUGAGAGCUCACAGGGAAAUAUAUUAUCAUUCUUGAUCUGACAAGGCAGUCUGGUGCGACUUUUCCGAACAUGUACAAUCCUUGAAUUAAGACUGUAUUAUCAGGCACUAACUGGAAUGGUACUGCACCAUGCUAGGUGUAAUUGGUGUGUGAAUAUCGCCGCUUCUGGAAAGGUUCGCUGUACCCUGACAAAAUGAAGGAUGCUCUGCUCUUUGUCUGCAUUUGUUAAUGGAUAUUGAUUUGUUAUUGUGCUUUACCAGACACUUGUUACAUUGUUUUGUUCUUAUGAUGCCUACUCAGCUUGUUAGCAUUGUUCAGUGUGUUAACUUUAAUUGCAGACCAAGUAAACACCAAGUCUGUCCUCUGGUGUAAAUACUAGUUUUACUUCACUGUGCCUUGGUAAAGUAAAAUAACAUUUAAUUUUAAAUGUUGAGGUAUAUCUAUUUAACAAAUGCAGGCUGCUAAGAUAGUUGUGUUUUAUGUACUAGUAAAGUCGAAAGGUUGACCUCUCCUGCCCUUUACUGCGUUGUGGCUUUUUUAUUAACUUACUCUGUGAGAGACCUUUAUAUUAACUGACAUUUAAUGUUUUAUUGUAGUGGGGUAGACUUAAUUUCACCUAAUAUAAUAAUAUUACUUAUUGUAAGUAACCCACCCUCUUAAUGUAAACUUGGCCUGCAGCUUUUAUAAAGCUUCUAUUUUAACAUGUCUGAUUUAAGAGGUAAGGUUGAGGAGAACAAAAGCACACAGAGACAACUUAUGUUCUUCUUCCCUGCACACCCGUCCACGUUUUAAAAGAUCUUUUUACAGUGUCUUUACUGUGUCUGUGUGUAUGUUCAAGAAGGGAUGCAACAUCAGUGUGCAUAUUUAUUCUUGAAUAAUAAAUAUUAUAUUCGUUUUCUUCUUCUCUCUUUCUAUUUAUGUUUUUUCCACUUUUAUAUUUGUCGUUUCUCUGAUGCUAUUUUCAUUGAGCUUCAGUCGUCUCCUGUUGUUUAAUCUCUGUAUUAAAUGCACUUAAACGUGUACCUUAAGAUUUAAGCUUUUUCUUACUCCUGUGUAUGUGUCCUUUAUCAACAGAACAUAAAAAAAUGAUUCGUUCCAUUCAUUUGUAGGGGGUUCUGACUAAAUAUGUAGUCAUUUGUGUGAAAAUAAAUUCUUUUAUUUCCUCUUGA